GGCCGGUGGAAGAUUGCCAGAUCCUGGCGGGUUGGGCACCUGGUUUCCCGCGGUUCGAAAUUAAUGCUCGCGAAACGGCCAUGAUUUCCCAGUUCUUCAUUCUUUCUUCCAAAGGGGAUCCGCUCAUCUAUAAAGACUUCCGCGGGGACAGUGGUGGUCGCGAUGUGGCGGAACUCUUCUACCGGAAGCUGACGGGACUGCCUGGAGGCGAGUCCCCGGUUGUCAUGUAUCACGAUGAUCGACAUUUCAUUCACAUCAGACACAGUGGUCUCUACUUGGUGGCCACAACCUCAGAAAACGUCUCUCCUUUCAGCCUCCUGGAACUGCUUUCUCGGCUAGCCACUCUCUUGGGUGACUACUGUGGCUCACUCAAUGAGGGAACCAUCUCGCGUAAUGUGGCGCUUGUCUAUGAACUCCUGGAUGAAGUGCUGGAUUACGGCUAUGUGCAGACUACAUCCACAGAGAUGCUGAGGAACUUCAUCCAGACUGAAGCCGUGGUCAGCAAGCCCUUCAGCCUUUUUGACCUCAGCAGCGUUGGAUUGUUUGGGGCAGAGACGCAGCAGAACAGGGUGGCCCCAAGCAGUGCAGCCAGCCGCCCCGUCCUGUCCAGUCGUUCUGACCAGAGCCAAAAGAAUGAGGUGUUUUUGGAUGUGGUCGAGAGACUGUCUGUACUGAUUGCAUCUAAUGGCUCGCUGUUGAAGGUGGAUGUUCAAGGAGAGAUCCGGCUCAAGAGCUUCCUUCCCAGUGGCUCUGAGAUAUGCAUUGGCUUGACAGAAGAAUUUUGUGUUGGAAAGUCAGAACUGAGAGGGUAUGGGCCAGGGAUUCGAGUUGAUGAGGUGUCAUUCCAUAGCUCUGUCAACCUGGAUGAGUUUGAGUCUCAUCGGAUCCUCCGCCUGCAGCCGCCUCAGGGCGAGCUGACUGUGAUGAGAUACCAGCUCUCCGAUGACCUCCCCUCACCACUCCCCUUCCGGCUCUUUCCCUCUGUACAGUGGGACCAAGGCUCAGGCCGCCUCCAGGUUUACCUGAAGUUACGGUGUGACCUGCCCCCAAAGAGCCAGGCUCUCAACAUUCAUCUGCACCUCCCCCUGCCCCGAGGAGUCGUCAGCCUGUCUCAGGAACUGAGCAGCCCAGAUCAGAAGGCAGAGCUGGGAGAAGGAGCCCUUCACUGGGACCUGCCCCGGGUACAAGGAGGCUCUCAACUGUCCGGCCUUUUCCAGAUGGAUGUCCCUGGCUUGCAGGGGCCUCCCAGCCGUGGGCCUUCCCCCUCAGCCCCCUUGGGGCUGGGCCCUGCCAGCCUCUCCUUUGAACUCCCUCGGCACACAUGCUCUGGUCUCCAGGUUCGAUUCCUCAGACUGUCCUUUAGCGCCUGUGGUAAUGCCAACCCUCACAAGUGGGUUCGACAUCUAAGCCACAGCAACGCCUACGUAAUUCGGAUUUGAAGCUCCCCAAACAAGGAUAUGAACAGCAACGCCAGCAGGCAGUUGAAUGGGAAGAGGACAUUUUCUUUCUUGUGACUUUGGAUCUGGACAGGAAGGUUCCAGACUCACACUUUCUGUUACGUGACGCAGGAAAGCUCACAAACUUACAAAUCCAACUUUAAUUCUGAGGAACUUACUGUACAGUAUCUAAAAAGAAAGUCACUGGGGAAAACAUCUUCCUCCUUCCUCCCUCA